AUGCUUCUCUCAUCCGCAAUCAUGUGGAUCGAGUUUGGCGUUCAGGGAAACCUCGAGCAAGAUCUCUUCCGAAAUUGGGAAAAAGGGUCUUCUGAUCAACCAACCCCCGUACAGCAGAGACGCUGGUGGCAGAAAUUAGCAUGGAGCUUUGAUCUCUGGACGACUUGGCGUGGUCCGGGGUGGAAUUGGCAGUCUGAGCGCACACCAAAACUCGGUGUCCAUGUUGUAGACAGGAGAAGUUUCUUACUCGAGAAUGUUACACGUGGAGUAUAUUGCUGGAUCAUGAGCCKGGCACUACUCUACUUCCUCCACCUCACACCCUACACGCAGCCAGAAGAAAGCCGGGAGCAUCUUCUCUCGGCACCUCUAUACAUGCAAGUGGCCGUUGCUUGGGCCGCGGCUUUAUACACGCAAUACCAUCAAAGUCUUGCAUAUCGAGCUUUCACUUCAGUACUCGUUGCUCUGGGAAUAUGUUCUCCAUUACAGUGUCCACCACUCUUCGGAUCCUUUCGCGAGAUGUACACUGUGGGCAAAUUAUGGGGAUCUUGUUGGCAGCAACUGAUGCGUAGAGCAAAUUUGUUCCUCCCUAAACUUAUUCUUCCCACCUUGGCACUCUCUCGACUGGUUGAUAAGUAUGCUCGAUUAAUCCUAGUCUUCGCGGUUUCUGGGACUAUUCAUGCUUUAGGUGCCUAUUGUGYCACGAGAGGAUCUCUAGGUGAUUAUAGAAUGUUCCUGUCACAGGCUGCGGCUAUUAUGCUGGAGGAUAUUGUCAUCGCAAUCGGAAAAUUUCUUAGAGUUGGAAAGUCUCGAUGGACGGUUUCUUUGGGUUUCUGCUGGACUAUAUUGUGGUUCAGCUACUGUUUGCGGUUAUGGAUCGGAGAACUGCUUUGGGCUGGGAUGCUUGCUUCAAGCGGGCAAUAG